AUGUCAAAAGAUGAAAAAAUAAUAAUAGAGGUUCUAAAGGAAAAAAUCGAAAAGACCAAAUUACACGUUUUAACAUUUGCUACUCAUGAACAAGGCUAUUUUAAAACAUUAAAAGAAAGUUGUAAAAUUUUAAAUAUCGAUUUAAAGGUUUUAGGAAUGGGAAUAAAAUGGAAAGGUUUUAUAGAGAAAUUGAUUAAGGUAAAAGAAUAUUUAAAAUUAUGUAACGAUAAAGAUAUAAUCCUUUUUGUAGAUGGUUUUGAUACAUUUUUUGUUCAACCAGCAAAUGUAAUUAUUGAAAGAUAUCUUAUGAAUUAUGACAAUUUUUUUGUUUGUACUAGUGAAGGUGCAUAUUCAAGUAAUAUCCUUUUUUUACGUAUUAUUGAAAAAAUGCAUUUGGUUUUUCAUAAUAGUAUAUUUAAAUAUAAUGAUCAUAUGGAAUGGGAUUCUUUACACAUAAAAGAAAAAUACAAAGAUUUCAACUUUUUUCAUAAUAAUUUAAAUCUAUUAAAUUCAGGUGGUUGGAUAAGCAAUGUCUUCUUAGCAAAAAAAGUUCUACAAUAUAUACCUUCAUUUAUUGAUAAUGAUCAAGUGUUCUUAACAAACUUAUAUUUGGAUUGUAAUUAUUUAUUGAAAUUACAAGAAAAACAAUCAUUAAAUGAUACACAUAGUAAAAGUGAUUUAAAUUUCAAUGCUCAAAAUAAUUUGAAAUAUUAUAAUAAAAUUAUAAUUGAUAAUCAUAAUAUAAUUUUCCAUUUAUUCAGAGGUAAACGUAAUUUAAUGUUGCUAGAUUAUAAUGACUGUGUAAAUCAUUUCCCUUUUAAGCCUUUGAUUAAUAUGUAUAACAUUCAAGGAGAUGAAGAAAUUAAAAAUAAUAAUAAUAUAAAUGGUAAAAAUGAAUAUUUGCACGAACAAAACAGCCAAAAUGUAUAUUUGCACGAACAAAACAGCCAAAAUGAAUAUUUGGAUGAACAAAAUAGCCAAAUUCAAUAUUUGCAUGAACAAAAUAGCCAAAUGAAUUCACAAAAUAAUGAAAUAAAUUGGAAAAAUUGCAUAUAUCAUUUUUUCAUGAAAACUUUUUUUGGAAAGAAAGAUAAUCAAAAUAAUGAUGGUGCUUUAAAAAAAAUAGAAAUUGUAAAAGAAAACAACACAGAUAGAAAUGAAUGGAAGAAGAAAAAAACAAUUUUAGAUAACGUAUACAUGGGAAACACGAUAAGAAAGAUUGGACAAAUUGAAAAUACAUUUAAUUAUUCUAUAAUUGAUAUGCACACACACACUUCGCCUUGCAUUCUUCAUAUGCAUUGUCUUAGAAAUGUUGAUAAUAUAAUUCAUAAGAUGGGUUUGAAAAAUAAGUAUACAUCUACUUGGUAUAGUCGUAUUUGGUAUUUGUUUUAUAGUUUAAAAGGUACUUUGAAUUUCAAUUAUUUUAGUCUUUUGUUUUCAACAACUGUUGGUUUUAUAUCUUUUUUUUUAAUUUAUAUAAAAUAUGUUUUACAAAUUUUAAUAUAUAUAGAUAAUAAUUUCAGAACUAAUAAAAUGCUUUGUCUAGACAAAAUGAUGUUUUUAUUGAAUGAUAUUGAAUUUUCAUGUAUCUUCACAUUUAUAUUAUCUAUAUUGUAUUGGAUAUUUUAUGUAUUUAACAAAUCUAUAUUGAUAGAAUAA